UCUAAACAAGUGUUGUUUGUAUCUGACGUCUGUCUUCUUAUCCAUCUUUAAGCCUACUUGUAAGAAAAUGAAUCCUCACAGCCAUAAUUCUUCUUCUCUUCGACCCAUUUUUCAAUCACUUUUAUGGUCGGGCUGAACCCUGUAUUUUCUACAUAUUCAUCAGGUUUCAUUGAGGAGCUUCUGAUGAUGGGCACCACCAAGGUGUAUAUAGUGUAUUACUCACUAUAUGGCCAUGUGGAGAGCAUGGCAAGAGAAAUACAAAAGGGGGCUAAUGCAGUUCCUGGUGUUGAAGCUACUCUUUGGCAGGUUCCUGAAACACUGCCCGAACGGGUUUUAAUGAAAAUGAAGGCUCCUAAUAAAGCCAAUGAUGUGCCCGAGAUUAAGCCCGAACAACUGGUGGAAGCCGAUGGCUUUCUCUUCGGUUUUCCUUCUCGUUUUGGGGUAAUGGCAGCACAAUGCAAAGCCUUUUUUGAUGCCACACAGGACAUAUGGGCCACUCAAGCUCUUGCAGGGAAGCCUGCUGGGAUUUUCUGGAGCACGGGUUUUCAUGGAGGUGGACAGGAGCUUACCGCGUUAACAGCCAUAACACAAUUGGCACAUCAUGGCAUGAUAUUUGUUCCUCUCGGGUACACGUUUGGUAGCGGGAUGUUUGAGAUGGAGCAAGUGAAGGGUGGAUCUUCAUACGGAGCCGGAACUUAUGCGGCAGAUGGGUCCCGCCAACCCACGGAGCUCGAGCUCAAGCAAGCCUUCCAUCAAGGUAAGUAUGUUGCCGAGAUUACGAGGAAGUUGAAGACUCUUCAAAAGAACUCUGUUGAAGAGUCUCUUGAUUCUGAUUACAAUGUGAAAAUAGAGCAAAGUGAUGAUGAUGAGAUGUUUAAGAAAAAUGUCGAUCUCAGUUUCAGUGUAGAGUGUUCUCUCGCAAAUUCACUCUGCUUUUUGAAAAUGGCGCCGCAAACCAGAGGCAUAUCCUUCCCAAAGGUCGUGAUAGAGAGAGACUCUGAUACGGAGGAAAGUUCUUCAGAAGGAGAGGACGAAGACGAAGAGGCCCAAAGCGACGUCGGAGAAGAGUCGGAUGAAGAACCCGCCCAGCCGGAGGUCAACGAGGCGUCGACGUCGACAAGGGCUAAGAGAGAACCCAUCACUAUUAGUCUCAAGAAAGUUUGCAAAGUGUGCAAAAAACCGGGUCAUGAAGCUGGGUUUAGAGGCGCCACUUACAUCGACUGUCCGAUGAAACCCUGUUUUCUUUGCAAAAUGCCUGGGCACACCACGAUGACUUGUCCACACCGUGUGGCUACAGAAUAUGGGGUUUCCCCAGCACCCCAUAAGAGCACUCAUAAUUCAGUGGAGUAUGUUUUUGAGCGUCAAAUAAGAUGCCGAAUUUCUGCGAUCAAACCUCCCCAUGUGAUACCAAAUAGAGUGAACUGUGCAGUAAUCAGAUAUCAUAGCAGACGUAUUACAUGUUUGGAGUUCCAUCCAACAAGGAACAAUAUCCUCAUAUCUGGUGACAAGAAAGGGCAACUUGGAGUCUGGGAUUAUGCGAAAGUGCAUGAGAAGACAGUAUAUAGUAAUAUUCAUGGCUGCAUACUGAACAACAUGAAGUUUAAUCCAUCCAAGGAUGAAACAAUAUACGGUGCUUCUUCUGAUGGAACACUAAGCAUCACGGAAUUAGAGACGGGCAUUUCAUCAUCAUUGCUGAACCUAAAUCCUAACGGGUGGCAGGGUCCCAGCCGUUGGAGGAUGCUCUAUGGUUUGGAUUUGAAUUCUGACAAAGGAGUUCUGGUCGCUGCGGAUAAUGUUGGACGUCUCUAUAUGGUGGAUAUGCGUUCUAACAGUGUAACUGGGAAACCUAUAUUGAUUCACAAGAAAGGAAGCAAAGUUACCGGUUUACAUUGUCAUCCUCUUCAACCCGAUCUUCUGUUGAGUUGUGGAAAUGAUCACUUUGCUCGCAUAUGGGACAUGCGAAAUCUAGAAGCCGGAUCCUCAAUUCACGAUCUUCCUCACAAGCGUGUCGUUAACUCGGCCUAUUUUUCACCACAAACAGGGAGCAAAAUACUUACCACCUCUCAAGACAACAGAAUUCGUGUAUGGGACUCCAUUUUCGGCAAUUUGGAUUCUCCAAGCCGAGAAAUCGUGCACAGUCAUGACUUCAAUCGGCAUUUGACCCCCUUUCGAGCAGAAUGGGAUCCAAAGGACACAUCUGAGUCCCUUGUUGUUGUUGGACGUUACAUAAGUGAAAACUAUGAUGGCGUUGCAUUGCAUCCCAUCGACUUUAUAGAUGUCAGCACAGGGCAGUUAGUUGCCGAGGUUAUCGACCCAAAUAUUACGACUAUUACCCCUGUGAAUAAGCUGCAUCCACGUGAUGAUGUUUUGGCGUCUGGUAGCUCCAGGUCGAUCUUCAUCUGGAGGCCUCAGGAGAACAUUGAGCUAAAGCGGCCAAGGGACGAAAGUAAGAUAAUUCUGUGUGGCAAAGGCGAAAAGCCACGCAAAGGGAAGUUGGAUGAUGAGAGUGGGGAUGAUUUUGAUAAUGAUAAGUACUCCUCCAAGAGCUACAAGAACAAGACGAAGCCUGCCUUAAGAUCCAAGGCACACGUUUCUAAACGCAAAUGCUGAUAUUGAAGAUUCGAAGUUUUACAAGAAGACUCCAUCUUGCCUUUUUCUGGGACUCCUGCUUUUGGUUUUUGUACUGUGAAUAGGAAAAAGAAAAACAGCUUAUGUGGUUAACUUUUGACUUGGUUUGAACCUUUUGGCUUUUGGGUACUUGCAUAGUUGCUGGUGAUUCUUAAUUAUUAGGCCCCAAGAUGAAAUUUGCCAACUGUUUUGUUAUAUUGUUUUCAAUUUUUUUAAGUAGCUGGUAUCUAACUUGAAAGAUUCGACCUGUAAAGUGUGAGUGUGUGACUCGUUUAACAGUGUUUGAUAAUAUUGAGGAAAGUUAAAUUGGAC